GGUAGACAGAAGGCUGAUGCCUCUGUGUCAGGCAGGCAUGAAGGCAGUUGCUGUAACUUUCUGUGUCCUCUGCUUUCAGUUUGAAGCCCUGUACGGUGUUGACAGUUGCUCAUCACGUCCAUGCAAAAAUAUAGAUCAGCCUCAUGUAUCUGACCCCCARGUGAAGGUGGCAUUUGAAAAUGGAAACUUCAAUUUCACAUUCCCCAACCCGGAAAAUGUGAGCGAGUUCAGCAUGACCCUGUUCAAAGGGCAUGAAAAGAAGGAAAUCUGYGCAUUCCAUUUGAGUGAAGAGAGAGUUAUCUCCAAAAGUAAUGUCACCUACUGUCAGACACAGAAUUCAAAUAGCAGCACCACUUUCAUUCUUAAAAACCUGGAAAGAAAACAUAUUGACAUUUAUAUCUACUGCCUGGACAUAUUCUUACCCCCUCCUUACAUAGACUGCUGUCUGAAAGAAACCUAUUUGUAUGUCCAAGAUAAGGAAGACUGCUUUUCACUGGGACCUGUGCAAUGGAUAAUUAUUGGCCUGAUCAUUUUUGCCAUUUCCUGUGUCUGCUGUGCUGUGGCCUGUUGCUUAAGGAAYAAGCAGAAUCAGAAGAGUGAAUCCAGCUCCCAUGAGUACAACAGUGAAUAUAUGCCCAUGGCAGCAGUGAACGCAGCUAAAAAACCAAGAAUCUGAGGUAUAAAUUGCUUGUGGUGUGGAAAUUUUGGAAGMAUUUUUCCAGCUACUUGAACCUGGACAAUGGGAAAUCAGCAUUUCCCCACCUUUCCCAACCUCCCUGAGCUCUCAUGAUGGCCCUGUGCUCARUCAUGUGGCACUCACUGUAGUACUGUUCUGAGCUGUGUUUUGCUCUASCCUUGUUUGUGAAUUGGCACCCUGCCUGAUCCACUGACUCGUACAUGAUAUGAUAACAAUAUGUUAAAGAUGUGAACUUUUAGUUGAAAAGAAUGUUUCCUGUAGCUCUGCUACAGAGAGAACUUUUAUUUUCUAGUCUCCUUCAUGAUAAACUUUCCACUGGAGACAAAAAAAAAAAAAAAUACUACCUCCAAAGCCAAUCCUUGUAGUCCUUGUGGCACAGCCAUGCUGCCCUGUAUUGCACAUGCCCUUUUGUAAGGGUUAGUUUGGCAGGGGAAGAAAACCUGAGAGAGUAUAGCAGAGACUUCUCUGUGACACACUGCCUCAAGUAUCUGCAUCUGCAUUUUUUUAUGCUAUCAAUACAUCUUUGCUCUUCAUACCUUGGGGCUCCUCUCWUUUAUUAAAUCCUGAAUACUUCUACUAACAGAAUAUAUUACAGGAUGAAUAUAUGGUAAGACUGCAAUUGCUCCUUAGAUCAGUUCAAACCUGCAAGGUUUGUCCCUAAACCAGGACCCAUGAUCUCUCCUGUUCAUGUCUUGCAGCACAAAAAACACAACACAGUUCCUAAGGCCAGUAUAUUCAUGGACUCUGCAUUGCAAUUAUCCUYUUCUUGUGGGUGGACAUGAAAGUUUUACAACUACCCCAGUGGGUUUAGGGGUUACUUGACCUGCUUCAAAUUGCUCAGAACCUUCAGUAUGGAAGAAAUGAUCAAUCCUUCAUGCUUCAUGUGAAAUCCAUCAAAACUCUGACCAUAAAUGACCAGCUGUGCAUCCAGCCUGCUUGUCUUGCCAGACACCAUUGAGCUGCUGGAACUAGAGGGGUAUGUUGAUUCUGAACUUCUCCAUAAAACUUCAAAAAACCCCUAAUUUUGUCAGAGGGCACUAYCGAGAAAGAUACACAGCCUGCUUGUCUGGCAAACAGAAGGCUGGUUAUAAUUUUGUCAGGGCAAAUGGGGAUGAGGAUGAAAUGAGCUGGUACGUCAAGGACAGGGUUUUCCUCAACAAACACAUGGAUACACAAAAGUGUUGCAAAGAGAAGGUGCAAAUUGCUUACUGUGACAUUGGGCAAAGGAAAAUGAGUAAAGCACCAAAGGAGGUGGGGACUGCCAAUUACACAGCCCUAGGCUGCGAYAACCAGCUCCAAGGCUGACAUGAGGAACGGAACCCUGCUGUGGUGGGUARCAUUACAUUCUCUCCCACCAUUCUUUGACAAAUUCCUUGACCUCCCCAGCCAAGCUCUUCUCUGUACAUCCAUAAAAGCAUUGAUUUCUCAAUUAAAAAAAAAAAUAUUGUUGAAAUUAUUGCCUGUGAAAAUAGCUAACAUCUACUACCUAUGAGAAGAACUGGAUCCUGUGUAAGAGUGGAGAGUCCAAACCCCUGGAACCUUUUGCCAGACUGAGAAGGAAAUUCAAGAAAUAAAGAGUUUCUGAAAGAAGGAAAAACUUGACGUUUGCCUAGGGAUGCUGCUGGAUAAAGGACAAAUUAUGAAAGUCUGAACAAGGCAGUUCAAAAUCCAUMCAUCCUGCACCGGAGAGAUAAAUGGUUUAUAUUCAUUAUAACAAAGCUUGUGGGAAUCUAAAGUUCCAUUCCUCCUUUCUUUUUGGAAAAAGAUAUUUUUAUUGUUAAUAAAGCAUUU